UUCACGCCUGUCCCCUGAAACAGAACAUCCUCUGCUGCUGGGUCAUUAUUUAGAUUUUACUCAAACAGCUGGUCAAAAUGAAGAUCGCUGCCUUCAAUGUGAAGAGACUGGGAUGGACUAAAGUCAACAAGAAGGCCGUACGGGAAAUUAUCAUUGAGAUUGUGUCUGAGUACAGCGUGGUGGUGCUGCUGGAGGUGAUGGAUGAGAGUGGUAAGGCCAUGAAACUGCUCCUCAAACACCUUAAUGACUAUGGAGAUAACAAAAGGAAUCCGUACGGCAUGCUGUGCAGUGAACCUCUGGGACCGGAGGGUAGACAGGAGAAGUUUGUCUACUUCUACAGAAAGAAAGAAGUGCAGAUAUUAGACUCCUACCAGUACGGAGAAAAUAAUGAAGAUGAUGUAGAUGAUGAAGAUGAUGAAGAUGAUGAUGAAGAUGAAGAAGAUGUUGACGAUGUUGACGAGCUAGCCAGAGAGCCUUUCGCUGUCCUUCUCAAAUGUCCAAACACAGUUGUGCAGAAUCUGGUGUUGAUCCCGGUCCACACCACACCAAGUGAUGCAGAGGCGGAGCUGAACGCUCUUCAUGACGUAGUUGAAGAUGUGAGGGAAAGAUGGCAGAAUGAUAACAUUAUGAUUUUGGGAGACUUUAAUGCCGAUGGACAGUAUCUCUCCAUGAGGAAGAAGGACUCGAUCCUCAUCUCCUCGGCCCCUUAUUAUUGGCUGAUAGACGAUGAUGUCGACACCACGACUAGUAACAAUAAUGACCACACCUACGACAGGAUCGUUGUUUACGGAAAGAGGAUGCUGAAGGCCAUCGUCCCCAACUCAGCCAUCGCCUACAACUUCGAGGAAGACUUGAACUUGACAGAAGAAGAAACUCAGAGUGUCAGUGAUCACUACCCUGUGGAGGUGGAGCUGAAGCAGAAAGCUCAGAGAAAAAGGAAUCCAGGGACAACAGGGGGAGCCCAGAAGAAGAAGGCCGGGCCGGCAGCGAAAAAGAGGAGAGGAGCGUAAACCAAGAGAAGAGGAACCGAUCUUCAAUAUGUUGUUAACUUAAAGUAGUUUAGUUAUUAGCUUUUAGUGAUGAGCGCUAUUUAAGUGUAUGAAGUGUAUCAACCUGAAGUUUAGCAACAGAACAGUUUUCAGUAAUGUAGGACGCAUUUUGUUAAAUGAAAAUAUUUCGACUAAAUUCAUAGAAUCUAAAUGUUUUUCAAAUGAGGUAGAAGGUGAAGACUUCAUUUUAAGAUUUGUAAUCAAAGUAUUUUAACUAUUUGGUUGAAAAACAAGUUGCUUAUAGUAGUAGUUCAUUCAAAUUCACCUAUAUAACAAAUACACUAACUGAGAGACAGACAAGCAACUCCUGUGUUUUGAAAGGUAAAAUUACAGUUUUUUUCAAAUAAAUCUGGUGGCUUCAGGGCUCAUCCAGGUAAAGCUUUUUUAAUAUUCUAAAUAUAGCUCUUUUUUAAAUUGACUAAAAUAUUUUUGCUGACAACUAUACAGCAAUAUAUUUCUGAGCGUUCUGCUGGCACUUUUCCUCCAAACUGACAAUUGAUAAGAACUUCAAAAUAUAUCUUCAAAAUAUACCUUUAAACUAUAUUCACAGACGCAUGGCAGAACUUAUGAUAUCACUGCUUAUUUACUCACAAUGCUUUUUGUUAUCUGCAAUAAAAUGAAUCAUCCCA